UANGUCCAACGGAACGAGUUGAACACGGAGAAAUACCUGGCGGAAAGCGGCGUGGAGGUCGUCAAAGACGACAAGGGCUCCACGGCGCUGCACCUAGCCUCGGAGUGGGGCAAGCUGAACAUCGCGAAGUACCUGGUGGAGCGCGGCGUCGACGUCAACGACAGGACCAGCGACGGACGUACGGCCUUGCAUUUUGCCGCUCUGUGGAACAAACUGGACAUCGUCGAAGACCUCGUGGAGAAGGGUGCCAACGUGAACCUUAUAGACAGCGAGGAGCACACUCCCCUGCAUUUCGCCGUCAAGGGGGGUAAAUUAGACGCCGUCAAGUACCUGGCGGAGCACGGGGGAGACGUUAACGCUAGAGAUGUCGACGAUCGCACGCCGCUUCACUUUGCCGCCGAGGAGGGUAAGCUGGACAUCGUCGGGUACCUCGUGGAAUGCGGCGUGAACGUCAACGACAGGGACCGUCGGGGAAGGACGGCGCUGCACUUUGCCAUUGAGUUUUCUUGUAAGAAACGUCACUUGGAUGUUGUGGAGUAUCUCGUGGGAUGUGGCGUGGAUGUUAACUUUAAAGACAGCUCGGGCAGUACGGCGCUUCACCACGCCGCACGGUGGGGCAAGUUGGGUGCCGUCAGGCGUUUGGUGGGCGCCGGUGUCGACGUGAACGCUACGGAUGGUCGUAGCCGUACUGCGUUGCAUUUUGCUAUUCAGGAGAAUAAAAUUAAUACCGUAAACUACCUCGUAGAGUGCGGUGCGGAUGUCGACGUUAUCAGAGAUGCCAGUGGCGUCAGGUAUCUCCAGCAGAUCGGUGUGGAUGUUGGUUCUGCAAGUAGCGGUAAUUAUUGGGGGAAAUUGGGUACGCUGUUUAGAAAAUAAUUUUGACUUAAGGUCUGUUCCAACAAGAGUCAGGGAUUGGUUCCGAACCGUUUGAA